UAGUGUUAUUUUUGAGUGUGAGUGCGUGUGUGAGGGGCGAGAGGAGGACGAGGCCCGCCAGCAGGAGGCGAGCGUCUGUUGUGGCUGCCAUCAAAUCUGUGAAGUCACUUCCAUAGCAAGAUGGGCUUCAUCACAUCUGCAGCGGGCAUCCUGGCCCUGCUGGAUGAGAAUGAAGACCAACUACGGGUGUUUGCACUGGAGAGACUUAAUGAGAUCACAGACACCUUUUGGCCAGAAAUAGCAGACUCCAUACAGAAAAUUGAAAGACUUGAGGAAGAUGGAGAUUUUCCAAAGCAAGAGUUGGCUGCUCUGCUUGUGUCCAAAGUGUACUUCCACUUGGGGUCUUAUUUGGACUCGCUCACAUAUGCUCUCCGAUCUGGUCCUAUGUUACACCAAGACCCCAAUCAACUAUACAUUGACACUAUCAAAGUUCAUGCCAUUGAUCAUUACAUCAAAAUACGUGCUCAGAAGGAUGCCAAGAUGGAUCCACGGUUAGAGACACUAUUAAAUAAUAUGUUUCAACGCUGCAUCGAAGACCAACAAUACCGUCACGCUAUUGGAAUAGCCCUUGAAACUCAUCGAAUGGAUUGGUUCAAAGAAGCCAUCAUGACAUCAGAUGACAUUGUAGGUAGUCUUACUUACUCGUACAAGAUAGCCAUGCAGUACAUAGAGCAACGGAAGUUUCGUGAUGAGGUUUUGGAACAGCUGGUGUCAUUGUAUCAAGGCCUGGACACUCCAGACUAUGUCAACAUGUGUCAGUGUUUAAUUCACUUGGACAAGCCCCAUGAAGUAGCUUCAAUUCUAGACAAGCUCAUUAAGAAUGACAGCCUCAAAAGUGAAGCAAUGGACAAUGAACUAAUGGCCUAUCAAAUUGGCUUUGACUUGUACGAGAGUGCCACACAGGAUCUAUUGUCUCAUGUACGGCAAGGUCUGCGUACCACUGCCCCGGUACCUUCUCUUUUAAAAGAUGUUGAUGCCCUUACUAGUACAAAUUCUUCAACGACUGCAACACCUGCUGGAGGAACAAAUAAUGGUGCCACUGAAGAUGAAGAUAAGAAUGGGACAACAGCAGCCACAGAUGAAGGAGGAGAUGUACCCAUGAGUGAAGAAAAAACACUAGAUGAUUUGACUGAGCUUGAAAAAACUCAUCAGAAUCGAGUUGAAAAGCUUGCUAGGAUCCUUAGUGGUGAAAUGACUAUUGAGCAGCACCUUCAAUUUCUCAUCGCUAACAAUCAUACAGAUAUGUUAAUCUUGCGGCAUAGUAAAGAAGCAGUUCGUGCAUCGGUGUGUCAUACCGCAACUGUUAUUGCUAAUGCUUUUAUGCAUUGUGGUACAACAUCUGAUCAGUUCCUUAGAGAUAAUUUGGAAUGGUUGUCCCGGGCAACAAAUUGGGCCAAGAUGACUGCAACAGCUUCUCUAGGGGUGAUCCAUCGUGGUCAUGAAAAAGAAGCACUCACAUUAAUGCAAGCAUACUUGCCAAAGGAAUCCAACAGUCCAGGAUAUGCUGAGAGUGGCUCACUGUAUGCCUUGGGACUAAUUCAUGCGAAUCACGGUGCCAAUAUAAUUGAAUACCUUCUUAAUCAAACAAAAGAUGCCACCAGUGAUAUUGUUCGUCAUGGUGGCUGCCUGGGUUUGGGUCUAGCAGCCAUGGGUACGCAGCGCACAGAUGUAUAUGAGCAAUUAAAAUAUUCACUUUUCCAAGAUGAUGCUGUUACAGGAGAAGCAGCAGGAUUGGCAAUGGGCUUAGUUAUGUUGGGAUCUGCAAAUGAACAAGCUGUGUCUGAUAUGGUUAAUUAUGCACGAGAUACACAGCACGAGAAAAUUCUACGAGGCUUAGCCCAGGGCAUUGCUCUGAAUAUGUAUGGCCAGCAAGAUCAGGCCGAUCGUCUCAUCACAGAACUUAGUGAAGAUAAGGAUGCAAUUUUAAGACGAGCUGCAAUGUACACUGUGGCUAUGGCUUAUUGUGGCACUGCGUCAACUCCAGCUAUGAAGAGAUUGCUGCAUGUAGCAGUUUCUGAUGUGGAUAAUGAUGUAAGACGGGCUGCUGUAGAAGCUUUGGGGUUCUUGCUGUUCAGAUCACCUGAGCAAAUGCCAAGCAUGGUAUCUCUCCUGUCUGAAUCUUACAAUCCUCAUGUUCGGUACGGUGCUGCCAUGGCUUUGGGUGUUGCAUGUUCAGGCACUGGACAGAAGGAAGCCUUGGGUCUGCUAGAACCACUCACUAAUGAUCCUGUGAAUUUUGUUCGCCAAGGAGCUCUCAUUGCGUCUGCUCUUGUACUCAUACAGCAAACAGAAUCCACUUGUUCCAAAGUGAAAGAUUUCCGACAGUUGUAUUCGAAAGUCAUUGGAGAUAAACAUGAAGAUUCUAUUGCAAAGUUUGGAGCUAUUCUUGCUCAGGGAAUUAUUGAUGCUGGUGGACGCAACAUGACCAUUUCCUUGCAAUCUCGCACAGGGCAUACCAGUAUGACUUCAGUUGUUGGCAUGUUUGUUUUCACUCAGUUCUGGUACUGGUUCCCAUUGGCACAUUUCUUGUCAAUGGCUUUCACACCUACUUGCCUAAUUGGUUUAAACUCUGAAUUAAAAAUGCCAAAGAUGCAGUUUCUCUCAAAUGCUAAACCCUCCACCUAUGGAUAUCCAGCACCUCUAGAAGAGAAAAAGAAGGAAGUAGCAGAGAAGGUAACAGCAGUUCUCUCUAUAACAGCAAAAGCAAAGAAGAAAGAUGACGAAAGAAAGAAAAAGGAACAGAAAGAUGAAAAGAUGGACGUUGAUGAAGAAAAGGAGAAAAAGGAAAAGGAAGAAAAAGAGAAGGAAAAGGAGAAAGAAGAAAAGAAAAAGGAAGAAGAGAAGAAGAAAGAGGAACCUGCUUUUGAUUUGCUAAGUAAUCCUGCACGAGUAAUGAAAGGCCAGCUUAAAGUUGUACGCAUGGCAGAGGGAUCACGCUAUGCCCCGGUGAAGGAACUCAGCAUUGGCGGAAUCAUUUUGAUGAGAGAUACGAAACCUGAAGACAGUGAAGAAUUGGUCCAGCCUGUUCCUGCUCUGGGUCCCAAAACUGAAGAAGAAACUGAGCCAGAUCCUCCCGAGCCCUUCAGAUAUGUUGAUGAAGAUUAGAUUUUAGCAAUAACAAAAUAUCUUGAAAAACUAUUUACUGUGUUUUAAUAAUUUUACAGUUGAAAAUAACAAUAAUAAGACAUUUUAUGACUGAGAAGUAUUUGGUGGCUUUUUCUUCAAAGAUAUUAUCUGCAGUUUGGACAAUUAUUUUUCCAUUACAAGUAAUACUGUUAGUAAAUGUUAAUUUAAUUUAUUUUAAUGUGGUAAGAAAGUUUAUUUGUAAAUUCUUAAUUCUAAGAGCUAAGUCCUUAACAUUCAUCACUACUGUAAUCUACAAGAUAAAACUGAUUUUAGUAGAAUUAAGUUUCUAUAUGAACCCAUCUUUGAAAUAAUAAAAGUUAUUUGUUCA